AUUCAUUUUUUCAAAUUAAUUUCCAUUCAUUUUUAUCGAAAACAAAAUUAAGGUUUUAUUAAUUAUAUAGAAAAAGGUCGCAGAUAUAUGUAAAACAUCCUCAAAUGUCACUUCCGUAUGUGUAAUUGUGUGUACACAUAAGUGUGUGUGUAUACAUAAGUGUGUGUAUGUGUAUCCACCACGAGAUCUCGUAAUUUAUCGUUCACUGCAUUAGCAGUAGAGUUGAUCAGGGACUUAAAUACUACUAAAAUACCAUGAUACCUCUGCAAAUUUGUCUUCAAACCUGUUUAUUCGGGGGCGUUAAUUUGCCCCUUACGUUCAAAAUCUGUAAAAUUGAUCGAAGAGACAUGGAAAGAUCUAUUUUCAUCAACUGCAUACAUUCUGUAAAUUGUUUUACUAAAAUAUAACUAUAUUAAAAAGAAAGUGAAACAAUAUUGUGUAAGCAUCAAACUAAAAUAAUACUCAUCAGAAAGCAAUUACAUUCGAUAAGCAACCACCCGAUUACAGUGGUUUUACAAGUACAACUAAACGGGGAGACUAAACCUGGUACUAAACAACUAUGGUGACUGGAGACAACAGGCAGCUCCUUCCAGCUGACGAUGUGUGUAUGGCUACCAAUAAUACAAUAGUGUGCAUCAUUAGAGAUUUGGUAGAUAAGAAGAAUCCAAGGAAGAAACGCAAAUUUUACCUGCCAGCUUCUAAAAAGGUAGCAGAUAUGAUCCAAGAGGUAGCAGAUACUUGUGGCUACAAUGCCAAUACUAUAUCUAUGAAUUAUGAAAAACCAUCAGUAUCUGGGUAUUACGAUGUAAAGGGAGUUUUGGAUAAGAAUAGUACCCAGACUUUGGGAAGUCUUUAUAACGAGGAUCUCUGUAAUGAUGACUUUUGCAAUGAUGACAUUCAGAUUCUUAAUUUUACCAUCUAUAAAUCUGAAAAGCAAACAGCCAUGCAGGCGACAACUGAAGGUUGUUCUAAUAUAUCAUUAAUCAUCCAAAAACAAGAAACUUCUGAUGUACCAACCAGUCAUGGAUGUGAAACCCAGGAUCAUGUUGGUUCUGAAGUAUCACCAAAUUACAGUUGUGAAGUUAAAGAGGAAAUACAAGCCAGCUCUAUAGACCACGGUUACUAUUUGAGUCAUCACAAAUCAGAAACUGGGUUUGUUGGUCUUGUAAACCAAGCUAUGACCUGUUACCUUAAUAGCCUGUUGCAGACUUUAUUCAUGACUCCAGAAUUUAGAAAUGCCCUGUACAGAUGGGAAUUUACUGGCAGCAAAGAAGAAGCUGUAAAGAGUAUUCCCUAUCAGCUUCAGAAACUAUUUUUGACUUUACAGACUAGUUGUAAAAGAGCCAUUGAAACCACUGAUUUGACUCUCAGUUUUGGUUGGGAUAGCAGUGAAGUGUGGCAUCAGCAUGACGUGCAAGAAUUAUGUCGGGUGAUGUUUGAUGCUCUUGAGCAGAAUUGGAAACAGACUGACCAAGCACAUCUAAUUAACCACUUAUACCAAGGCAAACUGAAAGAUUAUGUCAAAUGUCUACAGUGCUCUCAUGAGAGUGCUCGAAUAGAUGCUUAUCUGGAUAUACCACUUGUUAUUCGCCCAUUUGGUGGCAGUCAGGUGUAUGGCAGUGUGGAAGAUGCUUUGGCAGCUUUUGUACAACCAGAGACAUUGGCAGGAUCUAAUCAGUACUUCUGUGAGAAAUGUGGCCGGAAGUGUGAUGCUCACAAGGGCCUCAAAUUUGUUUCUUUCCCUUAUCUGCUCACCUUGCAACUGAAACGGUUUGACUUUGACUGCAAUACAAUGCAUCGGAUUAAAUUAAAUCAUCGGAUGACAUUCCCUGAAGUCUUGGAUAUUAAUCACAUGAUAGAAGAGGUUGACUGUAAUCUUAGUCAUUCUGAAGGGCCCUUAGUUGAGGAUAUUAGACAUCAGGCCAUCAAAACCAUGGAAACUAAUGAACACAGCCAAUUGGGUGGAGAUAUGUCAGAUGAAGCUAUUGAUGAAGGGAUAGAAAUUGAAACCAGCACGACUGCCACCUUAACCAACAGUGAGUCCUCUAGUCUAAGCAGUGAGUCUGCCACUAAUGACAGGAAUAGUAAAGAAUCUGAUGCCAAGGGACCAUAUGUUUAUGAAUUAUUCUCCAUUAUGAUACAUUCUGGAAGUGCUGCUGGUGGCCAUUAUUAUGCUUACAUAAAAUCCUUUAAAGAUGGCCAAUGGUACAGUUUCAAUGACCAGCAUGUUUCGAAAAUCACUUAUGAUGAUAUCCGGAAAACCUAUGGAGGUUCAAAUACAGGUCGUACUUACUAUUCAGCUUCUUACACUAGCUCUACCAAUGCCUACAUGUUAAUGUACCGGCAAAUCGAUAAAGAAAGAAAUGCAGAUUUUGUUUCUCCAGAAGAUUUCCCACCACAUAUGAAAGCUCAAUUAGAAGAGUUAAGAUCAAGAGAAGAAAAUGAAAGGAAGCAGCAAGAAAUUGAUAAAUGUACUUGCAAGAUAAAAGUCUUUUGUUACAAACCAGGCACUCAAGUGAAAAUGGAAAAUAAACUUGAGGUGCACAAGGAUAAAACCUUACGAGAGACAACAGAAAUUGCUUAUAAUUUGUUUCAGUUGAAGGAUGUGGCUUCUCUGGACUGUUGUCGAUUAGUCAAAUAUGAUGACUAUUGUGAGGCUCUAGAGAAAUCAUUUGAAAACGAAGAAAACAGCCCCAUUGAAAAGCUACUGGGAGGAGUCAAGUCAACUUACACAUUUGAUCUACUAUUAGAGAUACGGCGCCCUGACCAAACAUUUCAAGAGUAUAAACCAGGUGGUGUGACAAUAAAGGUUCAUUUGGUAGAUCUUGAAUCUGAAAUCAUCCACUCACCAGUCACAGUGCGAGCUUGUAAUAGCAAUACAGUAGCUGAGUUCAAAGAACUUGUUGCAAAAACAUUAAAUGUUCCUGUGACCCAUAUGCGCUGCUGUCUGGAACUUUACUCAGAUCUUCGAUUGCUUACCUCACCUGAAGAAACUCUGAAGUCAGAAAAUUUUUUCCGUUGCAAUAAAGUUUUCAUAGAAUAUUCAGGUAGUGAAGAUUCUGAUGUGACUUUUACAAGAAGUAAAUUCUACAAGUUACUAGAUAGACAUCAAAACACCAUUCGAAUUUACAUGAAUAUACCAUCCAAAAUGCAAGUUGGAGACUAUAAGAACUAUGCCAACUAUUUGCCAUUCUCAAAAAAUAAUUCUGCUACCAGCAACGGUGAUGAUUCUCCUGGAUCUCCUGUAAAGAACUUCAAGAACGAUUAUAGAAAAGAAGAGUAUACAAGAGACGUAAUUUCUUGCUGUGAUGACAAUUCGGCUUAUCCUGCUGCUGUGAUUGGUGCUGAUGGAGCGUCUGGCCCUCAUGAAAUUGAUGGCACCACUCCAAUCAUCAGAUCAAAUACCUCUUCUACAACGAAAUCAAAGACAUAUUUACCAUUAACUACAGGAAGCAAUAUAAUACACACAAAAAUGCAGCAAUUAAACUUCCGUCUUUCGAAAACAGGUUACACACAAAGUGAUAGUGGUAAUGUUGUGUCUUAUUGUACUGAUGACAUUGCUAGUCCUUCCACAGGCCGGGAAUCAAUGGAUGAAAGUCCAUUAAAUUCCCCGAUAGUUGAUAGCAUGCCAGUUAUUAGUCCAUUAACUCCAAAUUACAGAGAUGAUAACUCUGAGGACAUAAAUAAUUGCAAUAAGUUUUCUUCUGAUAUUACUGGAUGGUGCACAAUACCCAUCCCUCUGGGAAACAUGAUUAUGGAUGACUGGGCCAGUGAAAUUAGCCAAAGCAAUAUUGAUGUUAUAGGCCCUGAUAGAGCCAGCAGGGGUGGUAAAGAAGACUUAGUUACCAAUGAUGCUUUAAAUUUAGAGUCACUAGAAGAGAAUUGUGAACUGAACACAUCAAUUCAAUGUGAAAAAGAUACUGAUAGCAUUUGUAACCAUGAAUGUAUUGAUAAAGAAUUGGACAAUGAGGAAUACAGACACUAUUUUGAAGCAACAGAAAAUACAGAUGCUCUUGGUCAAAGAACUUUGAUUGUGAAUGUCGAUAAAAGAAUAACUCUGGAGGAUUUCAAGAAAGAAUUGGAACCAUACAUUGGAUUAUCUUCUGAAAAUUUUAAAGUUUUCAAAGUUUACUCUAACAAUCAAGAAUUUGAAAGUACGCAACUGAAUGAGAAUUUGUCAUUUCUUGAAGAUGGAAAGCUGAAUAUCAAAUUAGGUCGUGCCUUACGGCCUGGCGAGUAUCGUGUAAAAGUUUAUCAGUUAUUGGUAGAUGAACCUGAGCCUUGUAAAUUUCUCAUUGAAACAAUAUUUGCUAAGCGGAUGAGUGUCCUUGAAUCUAAGAAGCAAAUAUUAGCUGAACUUAAAGAGCAGUGCAAUUUAGACAUACCUCUUUCAAGAUGCCGUUUACGAAAGAAAUCUUGGAAAAAUCCUGGUGCAGUUUAUUUAGACAAUCAAUUAUAUGAUGAUGACAUUUCAUUAUAUACUCACUGGGAAAUUUUUCUGGAAGUUUUGGAAGGCCCCGAUCAAGUUAAAUCUGCUAAUGAACUAUCACUAUUUGCACGGCGAUGGCGGACAUCUACUUAUCGGUUGGAUCUCUUCCAAGAAGUUGUUUUAUCACAACAUACAACAGACCAUCUACGAGAGAAAUUACAUGAAAUUAGUGGUAUAGAGAAAGAAAAUAUUGAAUUUGCCAAGGCACGUGGCACAUUCCCUUGUGAUAUUCCUGUGUUGGGGAUUCAAACUGAAUUGGACUGGAAUCCUCAGGUUACCUCCUUUAAUAUGUGGCCCCAAGCAAUGUGUGAACCAGGAAGUGUAAUAUAUUACAGAGAUAAAACAGAAGAUUUAAUGGAACUGUCCAAAGAAAAAAAGGAGGAACUAUCUCAGAAAGAAAACAGGGUAACCAACCUGGUGCAUAAGAUCUCCAAUUCUCCCAGGAAAGAACGAGCUUUGAAAAUUUACACUGAAGAUUUAAAAUCGACCAGACUUUUGCCAUCUCCUGUAGUUCCCUCUGCUGCUGGUGCAGCUUCUGGGCUAGACUAGUAUAAUAAUAAUAUCAAUAAUAAUAAUGAGUUGCUGAUCUUCAUCUGUCUGUCUUCUCUUGUGAUGUAAAUAGAAACAGAAUGAGAAGCAAAAAAUGACAGUGUUAUAAACUGUUAAAAAGAACAUGUUCUGGUUGUUGUGCAAUGACUAUAUUUCCUUCCUUAGCUUUUGAAUGGAUGUUUCUGCUUCAUUUUAAAGAGAUUUCUGCCCUUUUGAUCUUUCCUUGAUUCUUUUCUCUCCUUUUACUUGCAGGGAAUGACAAUACAACUUUAUGAAGCAGUUGCUGUUUUUACAGCAAUAAUCCAGUAGUUUAUUGUUAUAUUAUAAAGGAAAUAUCUCUGAUGUUUUCGUAUCUUUUCCAUUGCAAAUCCUAAUGUACAUAGGUUCUAUGUGCAUUUGAAAUUUACUACUAAUGAAUAGCUUUUAUUUGUGAAAUCCCAUGCCAUAAUUGAACUCUCAGUGAAACAACAAAAUAGCAAUAUUUUAAAUGCAUGCAUACAUAAUGUGCUUAUGUAUAUGCACACACACACAUACUUAUGCAUAUGCAUAACAUUCUUACAUCAAACAAGCAAAUAUUAAUUUUGACCAAUAGAAAUAGUUUUUUUUUUUUCACUUUCUUUUUCUGUUGGAACAAACGAGAGGUUGUAAAGAAGUCUGUCCAAAUAUCGAUGCCUAAUUCUUCCCCCACAAUUAUUUAUUUUAUUUUUCAUUAAAAAAAAAAAGUUGUCUGUGAUUGAUUGUUUAUUAAGAAGCAGGCAGAUUAACUUUGAGAUCAUUAGACUCACAGUCGCUUAGCAUAUUUUAAUAAUUUGCAAGGUACAAUUGCUUUACAAACCAACUGGUUAAUCUGUUAUUUAGUAACUGGAUUGUGUGAUCUUACCUUACAGGUAUGUUUUAGAUUGUCUAUUGCGAAAAAAAAAGCAUAGUAGCUGCUACAGACAUUUCAGCUUGAUUGUUAAUCUGUACAGAUGAUAUUGAAUUGCUUUUCCUUUAUACUGUAUAUUUUGUUUUGGUUGCUUUAGCAAUGACUGUUGUUGUACUUUUGUUGUUAUUAGUUUUACAGUAUGUGUUUUUAAAGUAAAUAAAAAUCCACUAUUUGAGUACUGCUGCCAUUAGUCUAGAAAAUUAGACAAAUUUAUUAUUGUUAAAUUUUGAGGUGAUAGCAACUUUAAUAUAUAUUAUAUAUAUAUAUAUAUAUAUAUAUAUAUAUCAUUAUUUCACCCUCACUUUUUCAACCCGUUCACUUCUCUCUUUCAAAUCUGUGUAUGUGUACAUAUAUAUAUAUAUAUAUAUAUAUAUAUAUGCAAAUACACAUGCAAUAUGAAUUACUGGUGUGUUAAGUGUUCCAUUAUUUUGUUGCAAUAAUGCACUGUAGAACAUGUAGGUUUUUCAGUCAGCACUGCAUGUAAUGACAACUGUAAACAACCUGCCUGUACAAUGUGUGUGCAGACAAAACUGUAUAUCCCUAUCCAUUGAAAGCACUUGUGUACAUAUCUAUCUAAACAUAAUCUCUUGUAUAACUAUUUACAUAAUGCAAAAACAAAGUUCUUACUCAGUUAAAUAUUUACUGGUGGAUGUGCCUGUUAAGCAGCUGUGUGUAACGUUUAUGAAAUCUUCUAGAAGAUAAAAAGUAUGGAAUUGAUUGCUAGAUUGUUGUGAAACGUUGAACUCAAUUCGGGAUAGACAAAUAAAUAGGUGAAAAAAAAAUCCCUCCAGUGAAUAAAAAGGGUUAAAUGACAUGUUUUACUUAUACAUUUGUUUUGAGUCUCUUGUGCCUGUUAGUGUAUAUCUUGAAUACAACAUGACUGUAUUACAGAACUGAGAUAUUGUUAUGAUUAAUGGAGAAAGUAAGAUCAUUACAGUGGAUAUAAUUUGGUUCAAAUGUGUUAACAGCUUUGCCAAUUACACUAUUGUCUAGUAAAUAUUAUUUGAACUAGUAGAGUUUUGUUGUUGUUUUUUUUUUCCGUCAUUUCAACUGCUGUAAUCCCAAUCAUCCUCAUGCUAUAUAUUAUGUUGUAUAGUCUCUUGUAUUCUAGUUUAAUUCCAAAAUAAAUAAAAUGAAAUAUAUAGUAAAAAUAAAAAUGAAAAAAGCCCUUAUAAACCCAAGACUAUUAGGAUAAAUUUUUAUACAAACUUGAGGAUAAUUGUAAAUUGCUUCAGCUGAAAUUUGUAACAAAAAAACAACAAUAAAAGUUAAGUUCACUAAUCUGAAUAUUUUCAUGCUUUGUUUUAAAAAUUAUACAAAUGCAACUCUCUGUUGCCUUAAUCUUAGUAUAACAACCUUGGCUUUUUCUACAAGGAACUGUUUUUAAUUGAUAUACAAAAUGUUUAUGAUCAAAUUACUAUUCACACACUUGAUUGGUUAAGAAGACCUCAUUGCUUGGCUUUUUUCAUAUUUCAUUGCAUAACUUCCUUUCAGAAGAGAUUGUGCUCAUUGACUGGCAUGUAUUAUUUUGGUCAUCUCUGGAAAUCGAUAGAUGCUGAACACUUAUCUAGAGGAACAAUGAAGGUGUUGCAAAGGUUUUACAAGUUCAAUUCUUGGAUAUAGUUAUUUAAGUGUAUAUAAAAAUAUGGCAUCUGAAGAUGCUCUGAUAGACUUAUUGCUACAUUUGUGUAAAUAAAAAUACAAAAUAUCCACGUAA